AUGGAAGAUAAGCGUGCUUUGUUGGAAAAGCCUCUUCAUGGCAUAUAUAUCCCAAUAUUUCUUAUCAUUUUUGGAACUUCUAUACUUAACUACGAGUAUUUACCGUAUAGUAUAGCAUUCAUAGUAUUGAUUUGCUCAAUUAACUUUUACAGUGCUUAUAGUAGAAGAUCGUCAUUAGACUACACUAAAUGGAAUGAUUUUGAGUUGAUUGAUAAAACUGUCAUCUCUAGAAAUUCAGCAAUCUAUCGAUUCAAGUUGAACAAUGAAGAGGAGGUUUUAGAUAUUCCAACUGGUCACCAUCUAGCAUGCUGUUUUUUGAUUGAUGGAAAAGAUGAAAUAAGGUAUUAUUCUCCUAUUUCAAAUAAGUUUGAUGCUGGUUUUUUCGACAUUUUGGUUAAAUCCUAUCCGAAUGGGACUGUUUCAAGGAAGUUUGCCGAGUUGAGAGAGGGUCAAACUGUUAAGUUUAGAGGGCCAGUGGGAAGAUUGCAGUAUAAAACCAAUAUGGCAGGAGAAAUUGGUUUGAUUGCCGGUGGCUCGGGUAUCACACCUUUAUUGCAAGUUAUAACUCAGAUAAUAACUACGUCUGAAGACAAUACUAAGAUUACAUUACUUUUUGCUAAUGAGACGCUCAACGAUAUUUUGUUGAAAGGUGAAAUAGAUGAGAUAGCAAGGUCAUAUCCAGACUUUAAUGUUCAUUACACUCUAACUUAUCCUCCUGAAAAUUGGGAAGGAAAUACCGGUUAUGUGUCUAAAGAAAUGAUAGAAAAAUAUAUGCCAAAACCUGAUCCGAAGAACAGAUUAUUUAUCUGCGGCCCGCCUUUGAUGAAAAAAUCCUUGAUUGAAAUUGCGUCUUCCUUAGGGUGGGACAAAGCAGUUAUGAAAUCUGAACCCGAGGAUCAAGUUUUUUGUUUUUAG